AUGAGUCUUUGGAGACUUGCAACUCAUCAUCAAUUAGAUAAUGGCGACUGGAGGACCAAUGAUGAAAAGUUGAUCCCAUAUCAUGUCUACCUAGAAAAUCUAACUGAGGAAUUCGAAGAGAUCAUAUUUUCCUACAUGCCCCGAGCCAAGAACCAGUUCGCAGACGCUCUCGCUACCCUUGCCUCAAUGCUGGAGAUCCAAAAAGGAAUUGCUGGAUGGGAACUCACCGUCAAACUCCAAGAAGAGCCCGCAUUCUGCCUACAAAUCGACGAAGCCGAAACUCCCUCAAAUGAUCAGCCGUGGUACACGGACAUCAAGGAAUAUCUCGAGCAUCAGAAGUAUCCGAAAGGAGCAACAUCAGCUGAUCGUCGCACCAUCCAAUAG